AUGGAUUAUAGGUCCGGCAGGCUGCUCGCCCACACGGACGCUUUUCCAUCGUCCUCGUCCGCCUUGCCACGCCGGAGAUGGUCACAGCUGAACCCAUUGCAUGCCUCGCCUGUGGUCGAGACCGUUCGUCCUCUGCAACAAACUGCUCCUUAUCGCUAUGAACCGGCGUUAGAUGAGUCCUCUCGAGCGCAUCGUACCACUACGCUACGUCAGCUAAAUGGGAAUCCUGGGGCCUCAUCCUGGAGAAACCAUAAUCGGUCAGCUACUUCGCGGCCCUCAACAUCGGCAUCGCAGCCCGUGCUUGUUAGGGCAUAUUCGGGCGGCCCUCAUGACACCUCCAGUACUUCCACCACGAUGCCUACGCGGCGCUCAUUCCCAUUCAUCGGUGGCUCAAGAAGCCAGCGACGCGGGCCUGCUCUCCCAUCAGGGGAUGACUUUAGCAUAGACGGCAUACUGCGAGCGAUCGAGCCGAAUAUCCGUCACACGCUAGACUCGAUCGGAGAAAUCUGCGGCCGCAGCAGACUCAGUCUGGCGAACGAAUAUGGAAGUCAUAUCGCUCCGCUGGGCGAGAUCCGGGCUCCCCCGGGUGGUCUAGUGACAGUCGAAGAAGCUAGCUCCGACCAUGAAAGACAAAGCGACAACGUGGUCAUUUAUGACGACGAGAAUAGUGUCGCCGAUGGACGUGAUCAUUCGUCCUCAUCGCAGUAUCGACACUGGGAUACCGGUAGACGGCCAUCUACGGGAUUUCCAUUCAGAACUCCGUUCUCUGGGGCCAACUCGUCGAGCCAGGCCCCGCCCAGUACCCCAAGAUCUCCCCUGGCAUUGCAUGCGCCGGUCGAAGAGCCCGCGUUGGGGACGCUUCCCAUGAGGCAAUUUGCCUCCAAGCCCAAAUCAUGCGGUCGUACACUGUUGGGGACGCAGACGCAGUCGGACUCGAAUAUCCUUACUCCGGCUCUUGUAUCCGAAGUCCUGCUUGAUGCCCAGGCUGAGGCCAACGCAACCUCUUCCUCGGAGGUCCCACGAAGCCAGGAGCUUCUCAGACCUAGCGUUAUUGGCUCCAGCGCUGGAUAUAGGGGUUGGUUUCCGCCGUCCCUGGUAGCAGAGGUUCAGGCGCUUCUAAGAUGGCUACAGUAUGGUGCCGUAGCUGCUGGUCCUGAGGCAAGACAGGCGACAGCUGAGAUGCGACUACGCGCAAUGUUGGAACAAGACCAAACCAUCCCAAAUGCGUGA